AUGAGCACCACCGACAACGGCAACCGUGAGCCCCGUCAGCUGAGGCGCACAACUACCGGCUGCUUAACGUGUCGGCUGCGAAAGAAGAAAUGCGACGAGGUGCGGCCUCAGUGCACCGCCUGCGCAAGGAACGGCAUACCCUGCGAAUGGCGAGAUUCGCCCGCCCGACGAAAGCCUCGCGUGCGGCGGAAGCAGGGCUACAACAAGGACUUUGCCCUUCCUCAGCAGAUAACCGGCAUGAUGACCGUCUUUGCUGUUCCGAGCACGGAUCUCACAGAGCGGCUCAUCUCGCACUUCAUCGUAUCAAGCCCCAUCUGGAUUUCAUCCAUUCACCGAGGUCAAGGUGCCCGUUUCCUGGAGCACGUCAUGCCGCACGCUCUCAAUGACCCGCUCAUCUUGGACUGCGUCUUGACCGUUGCGGCAGAAGAUCUCUCCAAAUUUAGCGACCGGCCCAAGGAGUUGGAGCAGCUCUCGUGCGAAUAUUACAGGCUCGCCUUGGCAAAGCUACCUACUCUCAUUAACAAAGAAACAGAGGCCAUGCAGACAACCACUGGAAUCCACUCGGGUGAGUGCUGCGAGCGGCUACUCACUCACCUCAACGGGGCCGCCAUGCUGCUGUCGCGUUCCUUGUGCCGCACCCCGGACGACCCUGAUCUAUUCGGCUUCCUGUUGGAGCUGUUCUGCUACUUUUACACACUGGCUGCAUCCACCCACAGCAGCCGACUGAGCCUGGACUUUUCACUUUUCGCUGCCAUCUUUGCAUGUCCUUGGCUCAAGGGACACCGAAAUCACGGCAUGCUUCUGGGGGAUCACCCCGAGCUUUUCCUGCUCAUCUAUCGCCUCUUCAGCCUGCUGCAACAAGCACCAGCCUCUCACCAAGAUAAGGAACUGUUUCAUUCACAAGUGAGGGUCAUUCAAUCGGACUUGUGGGCUCUCUACAUGGAUGACAGUGCAAACACGGCCAGUGGGUCUGGUGUCGACAUGGGGAUACUGGUAUCGGAGCUCUACUUUUGGGCUUGCCAGCUUGAAACCGAGAGAGUCCUGCACCCUGAGUGGGCCAAGGAGGAGGCGGGCAUCCAAUCCAUCGUAUCGACAUUCAUGUCGGUCCUCGAAGCGGUCCCAGCCGAUGACUCGGCCAAUGGGGUUCUCUGCUGGCCGUUGUUCGUCGUCGGGCUCUGUGCUGUGAGUGUUAGGCACCAGACUGUCAUAUUGGCGCGCUUCAAGACGAUUCACGCGGGCUGGAGAUCCCCAAUUCCUCUCCAGACCUCCAAGUAUCUUGCGACCAGGUGGAGGGAAGAGAGGGAACGUACCGAGGCAGCAGCCUUUCCGGGCUGGGAAGAUGCUGCCACCAGUCUUGCACAGCUGGACUUGCCAGUCAUUUUGCCUAUACUUGGCAAGGCUAGAAAUCCUUCCGGCGAAUGGGAUGCACUGGGGGCCACAUAG